GAGAACAAAAUUCAGCAAGAAGUGGAUGCUCCAUUAAAAGAAACUACUGGGGAUGUGGGAGACAAGAAACAAACACCGCCAGGGAAGCCAUCAGAACAGGAUAAUUCUGAUAACAACUCUGAGAAGGACUUCUUUGAAGAGAGUUUUCAAGACCAAGAUUUUCUGAGCCAUGUGGAAUCCAUUGAGAGUCAGAACUCAGUUGAUUUUGUUGACAGUGUGUCAGAAGAACGAUCAAAGUGUGAAAGUGUUUUGAGUAAACUAGUUGAAAAAGAUCAAUUAAUUCUGUCACCUAAAAGUAGGUUUCAUGAAAAGAAAGUUUUUGGGUGUGAAAACAGGGGUAAUAUACAAAAUGUUGAUAGUGAUUCAAUAGGUAAAACCCGGAGUACAGUGCAAAAAAGUGUCUGUGAUAGAAACUCAAAUGUCCAAGUCUCUGUGUGCAAUAAAAAUACUGACAAAGAGGUCAAGGAUAUAGAACUGAAAACUACAGAUCAGCUCAAAAAUGAUAUGGAACUGAAAACUACAGAUCAGCUCAAAAGUGAGGUUUUAAGUUCUGUCAGUAGUGUGGGAUCAUUAAGGGACCGAUUGAAAAAGAAAUUACUACAGAAUGUUGGGACAAAAUCCCCUGUUAGUCCUGCACAGACAGUUGAGCAAGGAAGACAGAGCCGGUUAAAAGAGGUAGAGCGGGAGGCGGCCAUUAUACAAGGGGAGGGAUCGGCCGAUGACAUCGGUCCAUUCUACGGUUUGCCUUCAAAAGUCCAGCAGCUGUUACAGAAACAGAGAGGAAUUACAUCAUUGUAUGAGUGGCAGGACGAGUGCUUGAGACUACCCACACUACAAAAGGGAGGUAACCUGGUUUAUUCUUUACCGACUAGCGGAGGCAAGACUCUGGUGGCAGAGGUGCUGAUUCUGAAGGAACUGUUGUGUAAAAAGAAAGACGCCAUGAUGAUUCUCCCAUUUGUUUCCAUUGUUCAGGAAAAGGUGAAAGGAAUGGCCCAGUUAGCAGUGGAGUUAGACUUUCUGGUGGAGGAAUACGCCGGCAGUAAAGGAAGAUUUCCUCCCAUCAAACACAGGAAAAGGUCCCUGUACAUUGCUACCAUAGAGAAGGCUCACUCCCUUGUCAACAGCUUGAUAGAGCAGGGGAGACUGGAUUCCCUGGGGCUGGUUGUUGUUGAUGAGCUUCACAUGAUUGGUGAGGGUAGAAGUCGAGGGUCAAGGUUAGAGGCCACACUCCUGAAAAUUAUUUACGCCAAAGCUUCCACCCAGAUUAUAGGAAUGAGUGCUACACUGAAUAAUAUAACAGAUCUCCUGACUUUCCUUAAGGCUGACGUCUUUUCCAGUGAUUUCCGGCCAGUCAAGCUUACUGAACAUGUGAAGCUAGAGGACAACAUUUUUGAAGUGCAGAAAGGUCAAACUCUGCAGGAAAGUUUGAGUCAUCAAAGAACUGUAGCUUUCCAGUACAGCCCCGAGAUGAACAAGCUUGACCCGGACCACCUGUUGGGUCUGGUGACCGAGGUCGUCCCGGGACAUUCCUGUCUCAUCUUCUGCUCCACCAAGAAAAACUGUGAAAACGUGGCCCUGAUGCUGAGUAAACUGAUGGCCAAGUACAAGAGAGAACUAAGUCAAGUGAAAAGACAAGAAAGAAAAGACUUGUUGAAGGAACUUUACAAAGAUGGAGAACAGAGGAUGUGCCCCGUACUGCAGCAUACGAUACAUUUUGGUAUAGCGUACCACCACAGCGGUCUGACGACAGAUGAGCGCCAUCUACUGGAGGAGGCGUACUCGGACGGCGUGCUCUGUCUCCUGGCCUGUACCUCUACCCUGGCAGCAGGGGUCAAUCUGCCAGCCAAAAGAGUGAUAUUGCGCAAUCCCUACAUUGGUACACAGUUCCUGAACAGGAGUCAGUACAAACAGAUGAUUGGACGAGCAGGGCGGGCAGGCAAGGACACGACAGGGGAGAGCAUUCUUAUCGUCAGUAGCAAAGACAGGUGUAAGGUGUGGGAGAUAAUCAGUGGUCCUCUGGAGAACUGUUACAGCAGUCUGAAUUACGAGGACGGGAAGGGGAUCAGGUCUCUUAUCCUGUCCACCAUAGGCCUGCAGGUCACCAAGACAACAGAGGAGGUUUUUGAAAUGAUGACUCACACGUUACUAUCCAUCCAGGCUUCUCAGUUGUCAUGUGACGUUGUUGCCAUGACAAAGGAUGCUCUUCAGCAGUUGAUUGACAUGGGAUUAGUGCGACAGAAGAGAAGGUUAUCACAAGAGAAAGAAAACUCCCCAGUCUCCCACACCUUGGAGGUUACACCUCUGGGACGGGCCACUUUCAAAGGUUCAGUUGAUCUGGACUUUUCUGCUCAGUUAUAUAAAGACCUGAAGAAGGCUGAGGAGUCCCUGGUUCUGGCCAGCUAUCUUCACCUCCUAUUCCUCGUGACCCCAUAUGACCUCGUCAAGGAAGUUCACCCACCAUGGAUGACCUACUUUAAACAGGUAAAUGAAGAGGAAACGUGUACC